AUGGACCAUGGCUCGCCAGUUGCAGGAAGCCCUGCACCUACGCGACGGGAAAAGGGUAAGCCGGCGAGUAAAAGCGUCCUACGCGACGGGAAAAGGUUAAGCCGGCGAGUAAAAGCGGCCGUACUCGCCGGCCCGCCUCCUCAGGGCUGUUUUUCGCAACUCACGGUCAACCUGGGAGGGCAACGACGGUAUCCAUGGACGUUCAUGCUUGCAAAUGAUCCCACUGGAAUACUGGGUAUCGAUUUUUUGCAGUACUAUGAAUUGCUUGUCGAUUCACGUAGACUGCAGUUGAUCACCCCAGCGUCUAAUAUCAAAGUCACGGGUCUCAAAACUCGAACAGACGUUUACCGAAUCACGGGUUUAAUGCCUGAUAUCCCAGUGGAUUUCCAGACACCAGACGUUUACCGAAUCACGGGUUUAAUGCCUGAUAUCCCAGUGGAUUUCCAGACAUUGAACGCCCGAUUCCCCACGUUGACUAAACCUAUUGAGGAUCUAACACUAAUGACUGAUCGU